GCUGGCGUCGUCGUCGUGGAGGUUAAAAUUGUUUAACAAUUGAUAUAGUGCAAUUAAACACAAUUUGACGAUAUUUGCGUACCUCCGCUGUAGAACAGAGUGGCCGUUGUGGACGCGCGCGAUGAGUUUGUCAAAAUAAUUCGGCUAAAAGUGUCAAUUUGACAUGUUAUAUGUCAUGGUCUUCCCAUCCGAUACCAGGUAGCCCCGUGACUAUCGAUACCACACAUACUCGAUUGGUGGAAACAACAAUUUAAAAUUCGUUUUUCGUUUCCAACACACAAUGAAAACCGAACAGUCAAGUAGGCUGCAAGGAGUGCCAAGAUUUUGGGCCAAAGUAUGCCCCAGCAUUUGUGUCCUAUCAGAAGGCUGUGCAUUCAGCUAAAAAAGUUAGUUUUAACCAAAAGCCCGAGCUGUGAGCAGCACAAAUAUUUUUGUUAAUCGCCAACAACAAAAUUCGGAUCAAAUAUACUAAUUUUUUUCACAAGUAGAUCGCAAAAAUAUUAAAAUUUGAGUUGAAUUCGGGCAACUCAAAUUUUCAGGGUUUUUUUUCUUUUUUUUCUGUUGAGGUUUGAGAAUGAUUUCGCCAGAUCAUGAGGAGGUGAACCUGGUGCUGGAUCACCAGGUGCGUAGGAACAUCCAAAACAUGUACCAGUCGAACAUGUUGGAUGGCCAGGUGGCAGCCGAACGCGAACGCUUCGUGUCCGACUCGAGUGUGGACCAUGACCAGGAGUCGAUGAAUGCAUUGGACACCCUCUCCGCCGAUGGCAUUGUGGAGGAGGAUCCCGAACGCAGCUCCGACCAGUUGAUGGUGGACAACAGUGAGCUGCAGAACUACCACGAGAUGAUAAUGGAAUCCGAUCACGAGCACAUCGACUUCAACGGGUCGCUGCGCAAGCGUCGCGGCAACCUGCCAAAGCACUCGGUGAAGAUUCUGAAGCGCUGGCUCUACGAGCACCGCUACAAUGCCUAUCCCAGCGACGCCGAGAAGUUUACGCUGGCCCAGGAAGCCAAUCUGACGGUGCUGCAGGUGUGCAACUGGUUCAUCAAUGCGCGCCGCCGCAUCCUGCCCGAGAUGAUACGCCGCGAGGGCAACGAUCCGCUGCACUUUACCAUUUCGCGGCGUGGCAAGAAGAUCAGCCCCAACUCAUCCGGCAGCGGCAUGGGCAUGCUCCAGUUGGGAGCAGCCAAUCAGAUCUCUGAGGCAGGCAGUCCUAUCUCCGAAGUGUUUGUAGGCGCCACCGAGGAAGUGGAUGGUGCGGGCGAGGCCCAUCAGGGAAUCGCCAAUGUGCUGACCAACUUCGACCAGUACGUGCGGACACCGAACGGGCAGGUGGUGAAAAUGGAACCGGAAUACGACGAAAGCGUCAUCUACAGCUGGCAGCAGGCCGUUGCAAACAACCCCAUGGGCUUCCAGAGUCUCCACUCAUCGCUGCAAGCAACCAUUAUAGAUAAGAUCCAGGCCUUUCAGAUGCGCAAAGCGACUGCGCUGGCCGCCAGCAGCAACGGUGCCCUAAAGCCAUUCAGCAGCACAUUUCGGCAGAUGCCGCCAGAGUUCGAGGAGGAGAAAAAGCCGGGUCCAAUUAAGCGCGGACGCAAGCGUGCGUCGGCGGCUGAGUCCGAGCAGGAAGCAGGCAAAGAAAUUGUUCAGAAACGAAAGGAAGCGAAGCCUGGGAAGUCGGCAAAGAGAGGCAAAGGGAUGGGCCCUAGAUCCGAGGGCGAGGAGAGCGCUCAGGGCUACGAGUCAUGCGAACCGAACAGCGAGGGUGAAGUCCGCUUCGAGACCUCCGACGACUGGCAGUCCGUGAUGAAAACCGUCUUCACCACGGAGGAGGUCGCCACAAGCAGCGCCGCAGCCACAGCCAAUGCCCCAGAGGCUGCCAACAGCAAGCCCGUGAUUUCCAUAAAUACAAUCUCCAAGCGUGAGCCCAAGCCAAAGGUGGUGGUGACUAGGAACGAUCUACGGCAUCCAAUCGUUGCCGAGUCAGCAACAGUGACAAGCAGCUCCAAGCAGCUGGAGCAGUCCCCAGAGGAGGUUGACAACAGUCAGAGCCAGUCGACACCGCCACCACAGAAUCUAAGUCGAGAGCAGCGGGACAAGUACAAGUGUCUCUAUUAUUUGGUGGAGACUGCCAUGGCAGUGCGUCACAACGAUCCCGGACAGGAGGAGGGUUUUGCUUAUCUGCGCAAUUAAAGCCCCACACCACAAACACGCCACAAAAACACAAAAGAAGAACAUCCCGAAGAGUGUGCUGUACAUACACAUUAUUUAAUUAUUUGUUAAUAUUCUGAUUUAAUGCAAAUUGGCAAAGCUAAUUACUGGAGCAGAGCUAGCGAAAUGGAAUAGGAUACACACACAAAUGGUACAAAUCGUUAGAUCAAUUUUAAAUCGCAUCGCAAAUUGCGUAUUUCAAUCAAGAAAAGGAGACCCAUUCGCGGGAAGCAUUGAACCAACCAAUUACUUGGUUAACUACUAUGAUUAUGUGUAAUAUGAAUAUCUGUUUACUAUUAUGUAUAAUUAUGUAUAUGUCAGUUAUUAAUCAUUUCCAAAUAUAACCAAAACCACACCAGCA